AUGGAGGAACUUCUGUCAAAGCACCGGAAAGAACAAAAAGACCUCCAAGGGCGCAUCACGCAAAGAAAGAAAUCCGCAACCAAGAAAACUCGCAAAGGCGUCAACGAUGAAUGCGACCGAAUGCAGCAAGAAUUGUCCGACAAACAACAGGCUGAAAUUGCGGGGUUGAAUGGAGAUCCAGUGGAAGGACUCGAAGAUCUCAGUCUGGAAGAUGAUCAACCGACCGAGGACCAACCCGAGACACCCAAAGAACCAGAACCAAAACCAGAAGCCGAAUCUACCUCAGAGCCCUCCACUAAAAAGCCCAAUCGCCAAAAGGCUCGUCUCGCCCGCCGAGCAGCCGAGCAAGCCGCCCAAUCAGCCGCUGCAGCAGAAGAGGCAGCAACCCAAACAAACUACAGAGGCAAUGAACAAGAGGUCAUGGACGCUGUCUUCAAGAAGCUAGGCUUGAAAGAAGUCGAAGUGACACCAGACGGCCACUGUCUCUACUCAGCCGUUGCCAAGCAGCUCGAUGAGUCUGGGCUCGGCUUGCGGCCGGACCCAAGCCGAAUCGUCCUCCAGUCGUCGACCCAGUCACGCAUCGACACUGUCGCAUCCCCACAACAUGACGGCUACCGAGCCGUUCGGGCCGUCGCAGCGGAUUUCAUCACGGAACAUAAAGAGGAUUUCGAAGCAUUCAUGGAGGAGCCUUUGGAGUCGUACACGCGGAAGAUCAAACUGACUGCCGAGUGGGGAGGCCAGCUGGAGCUGCAGGCCAUUGCUCGGGCAUAUGGCCUUGAAAUCAAUGUUGUGCAGAGCGACGGGCGGAUGGAGAAGAUCGACUCCGGCGAAAGCUUUGAUGAGGAGGAAAAGCGCAAACGCGUGAUCUGGCUCGCAUACUACCGUCAUACAUACGGACUCGGCGAACAUUACAAUGCCCUUGUGAAGAAGUCAUAA